AUGUCGGGGGUGUUACUCAAGCAACUCAAGCAGGUGCUCGCGCCAUGGGAGUCGCUGCCAGACAAGGACAAACUUGACGAGGGUAGCGGAGCGGCGUCCUCUCUGUGGGCGAUGCCACCACCGACCGCGCCGAACUGCGCCUCCUCGACUUCCUCCGUCUCGGCGCAGUUCGCGCCUGUCACCAAGUGCACAAGCGUCGGGUGGCCGUCGGAGGAGGCGGCGGCCGCGUACGUCGCGCACUCCCGUACUGCCACAACAAAAUUGGAGCUGGCGCGUGCCGCCUUGGCCCUCUUCUCCUCCAACGCAGGGGUCUACCGGCCGUUCCUGGUAAAGCUCCUUCGGUUCCUUUUCGAUCACGUUGAUGAGCUUCGCGAGGAGCAAGGUCAGCUGCGGAUGGAGUGGUGGAUGCGGCAGCAGGGCGGCGGCUCUUCAACCAGCAAGGCAGCGGAUGGAGAUGGAGGCGGUGGCGGGCUAGUGGUGGGCACGCCGGAGGAGCAGAACGCCGUCGCUGCGGCGUACGAAAAGGUGCGCAUGACGGAGGCCCGCAUGGCUGCUUUGGUUGAGGAGGCCGCCGUGCAGCGCGACCACUUCAGGUCCCAAAUGGGAAUGCAGAAGCGCCACCAACACCACCUGGAGGACCUCCUGUGCCACCAAAUCGAGCUCACGCAGACGCUGCUAGACCACCGUCUUCACCAGGACCUCGUCUCAGGCAAGCAAAGCACCGCCGUCACAACGGUGGCGGCCGUGUCCCACACCCUUCAAGACAGCCGCGGCGUGGCCAGGGUGGGCCUCGGCGACGGCGGCGACGAUCACGCUCGCGGCAUCCGUGAAGGAUCGAUUUCCGCAAGGCUCGCUGCAGGCACCACGAGAGACGUAUCGGGGCUGGAAUGUAGCCAUGUAUCGAUUCGCCCACCAGAGCGGCGAGACGCGGCUUACGUGCAGCGCCUCAUCUCCAGGGCUGAGAAGGAGCUACUGCUGGAGCGCACCGAGGACCAGCUGCGUGACCUGCGCGCCCAGUAUGACAAUCUGCAGAACAAAGUCCAAUCGCUGCUGAAACUCAAUUCUCGCUAUGCCCGCCAGUCGGUGGAGCUCUCCGCGCGCCUUAGCAUAUUACAUGAGCACAACAUCGCACUUGCCGCGGACGUGCAGUUGUUCCAGCGUGACUACAUAAGGGCUUCGCAACGGGCGGAACGUCUUCAGCGAGACCUGCAGGUGGCGCGAGGGAUCGCACUGACGAUGCUGCAUGUGCAGUUUGGCCGCCAGCUGGGCGUCGGGGAGGAAGGGCGCGAGGACACGCAAGGGACGUCGAAGGAGGACAAUAUCGCGUUGUGGCAGGCAGGAGCGGCGGCAUCACGCCUCUCGGCGCCGGGCAAGGGUGGUGAAGCAAGGAUGCGCUACGCGUUCGAGACGGCUGAGCCGCUCGCGCCUGCGGCCGCCACCGCAGUUACUGGUCUCGGGGAGACGGCACCAGCACUGGGCGGCAAGGACACUAGGACGAAAGAGGCGCAAGCGAUGCUGGACACGGAGAACCACGCGCAAGAGUCACUGCACCUCGCGCCGUGCAAAGGGCUGCGCAGCCAACUGCAGGAGCUGCUCACAAUGUCUGAUCCACGGCACACUAGCAUCAAGGCGUCUCUGCUGCAGAAUCUGCACCUGAGGAGCGACACGAACUUGCAGGGAGGCUGCGGCGACAGCAGCGGCUUUCUCUUCUCUUCCUCUGGUGCUCAGGGGUGGCUGUCGCCGGCAUCAGUGCCACAAUGGGUACCGCCGUACGGUCUGUGCCCCGACGUUCCGCUGCAACUACGUAGCCGCAGCUCUGUCCCGCUCCUGCAUCUGCACCCUGUCGUGGCCGAGGUCUUUGUGCAUGAGUUGCUCUCGCAGCGCCAGGAGUUGCUGUGGUACUCGAAGCAGCAACUGGAGGAGCGCCAGGCGCCCCCGCGAAUGGCGGAGGGCAGGGCUUGGGACAACCGUGGCUCAGGCAAGGCAAGCGCCACGACGUCGACAAGCACGUUUAUGUCGUUACAAGAGUACAUUGGGCUGUUUGUGCUCGUGGUGUGGCUGAACAGGCCCGACUACUACACGUAUCUUUUGCCGCCCGCGAUGCGGCUGGCGACGGCCGAGGACGCACGGGCGCGGCGGGGCUCGCGUAACGGAGUCGUGCGCAACACGCCAGCUCUCAGUGCUCCUGCGACGGACGCUGGCGGCGCCCCGCAGUCCCAAGACCUCGAGACGGUUCCCGCAUCCCUGUGGGACCUGCGACAUGUCUUGCACACAGUGCGGCUCACCGACGACAUGGAGCAGCUGCCGGCGGAGGGGCUGCAGCUGACCUACGCACUUGACACGGCUUCUCUGCAGCUGGUGGCCGGCCCCCUUACAUACGCCUACGGUCUCGCGUCUCGCGGUGCCCUCUGCGACGUUCUCUUUGACUUGCUUCGAGCCGAGCGGUUUGUCUUUGUGGAGCUGUGCCGUGCGGUAGAGGCGGACAUACUCGCAAAGCAAGAGGAGGCGCGGCGGCAGGAGAGUCAAAUCCACGUUGCAAGGAGCGAGGACCCUCAGCUGCACGCUGCAGACCCGGCUGCAGCAGCUCUUUCGCCACCAAAACCAGGCCCACAGCCGUCGACGCCGCUGCGCGGGUGUAUUCCUGCCGUGCAGGUGGCUCGCAUUCUACUGGCCAUGUACCCUGGCUACUCGGCCACCAUCAUGGACCAGCUGAUCCAGACCGCUGUGAAUGACGGCACAAACGUAGCGGAGAACCCCGUGUAUCUCUUCUACGAGGUCCUCCUGCCCUCCCGGAUGCUGCCUGGCCCCACAACCACCUCGAUGUCGAUCGACCCCUCCAUGGCAGUUGGGACAUCCUUUGCCUCUCUUUUCUACACCGCUAUCUGCGAUGAUGCCUUGGAGUCGAUGCAGGUGGUGGAGGACAGCGUGCGAGGCUUUGCGCACGGCCAUCUGCACUCGAGCGGCAUGUCUGCACUGUCGUCCACCAGUGCUGCCACAGUGAUGUCUGGCGCGUCGACGGCGACGGCACAGCAGCUCACCUCUCUCGCCUUCCUCGGUGUGCCACGUGCAGAGGCGCAGUACUGGGGACCGUCCUUAAGGAGUGCCAUCUACCGAUGGCCUCGUCUGCACUCCACCAUAAUGGAAGGACCUCUUGUCGCCUCGACCGCCUCCGCUGAUGACGCUGUCCUUGACGGGGACGCCGGCACGACGCGCGAGAUCCCCGCUGUUGUGGACGACGAGUUCCCCGCAGCGGCGGCGGCGGCGGCAGGUCGUAGUGACCGCUUUUCUCUGGACUCAGGCGUUGUUCUUCAGGCCGGGGCCCCAUCCGUACAUCCGAUUCAAGACCUUCACAGAGCGGAGGAUAGGAAGGCAGCGGCUAAGGUCUCCUCGGUGGCCCGGGUAUCAGUGGAGGAGGUCGUGCCUUACCUUCGCCGGCACCUCUUGCUUCGUCGCGGGCUCUGUGACUGGGCGACAGGCACAGCAGCCGCGCCGGUCGACAUCUCGCCUGCGCCCGCCGAGGACGGCCAGACCGCGCGAAAAACUUCGAAGACAGUCGUAGCAAAGACGGCGAUGGCGGCGUCGAUCGCGAGGACGGAGGGGGCUCAACACUGGUCCGCGGCCCACAGCGACCUUCUUCGGCAUUGGGACGCGCAAUGGGCUCAAUACAGCGGCAAGACAGCGGGUUCACCCUCGGCUUUCGUAGGGCCGACAGAGCCAGCGGAGUUCCAGCAGAUGCUGAAGCAGGUGGAUCCGCACCGUACAUGUGCGUGGGGCAGUGAGUUGCUGAGGCGUGAGAACCCGCUCAUGCACCCCGUGACUUACGACUGGACGCAAGGCGACCCUGUCAAGCUUGAGCCUCCACCUAGAGAGGAGGGCGACAGCAGCAGUAGCCGCCGAUCUGGUAAGAGCAAGAAGCCAAAGAAGGAUCGGAGACAGUCGACGGUGAAUCGUUAA